AUGGGUAUCACUACGUCCAUUGUCCGAUUUCUUACACACACAACAAACCAAUCCUUGUCAUCAAAGUCUUCCCCAGUCUUCUUGCCCCCUUCUGGCCCCUUUCUACAAUCCACCAAACGGGGCGUCCACCCCCUCAUCCCGCUGCAAUCCUCGGACCAAGGCUAG